AUGGUUACAAUGAACCAGAGGCUGAAAGAGAUGGCAUUGGRAAUAAAAAAAUCCAUUAGCCACGCCGAUACAACCUGUGCAGUCGGAUUAUUGCACUCCUGCCCCUGUUUGCCAAGAMAUGGGAACAAUAGGAACUUUAACCCAUAUUCGAACACCUACAACCCAGGUUGGAGGCACCACCCUAAUUUCUCAUGGGGAGGUCAAGGAGGUUCGAGCGGUUUUAAUCAAGGGCAGAGCCAGCAGAACAAGCAGYCCUAUGUUCCACMUACACARCAAUACAUSCCGCCACCKCAACAGYAGUACAAUCAGAGAAYACAGACUCCACCAGUUCAAAAUAACAACUCAAAUCUUGAGAAUAYGAUGAAGGAGUACAUGGCCCGAACCGACGCAGUGAUACAAUCCCAAGCGGCAUCAAUGAGGAAUUUCGAGACCCAAUUGGGAYAGCUCGCCAAUGWAUUGAAGAAUAGACCACAAGGUUCUUUUYCAGGCCAUACUGAAUUACCAAAAYGAGAAGGGAAAGAACAKUGCAAAGCUGUCACCCUUAGGAGUGGACUGRCAUAURAUGRACCAACAAUGCCAACAACAGAUGUWCAGAUUCYGUCCACUGAACCAACUAUAGUGGAACCACCCACUUUGGAGCAGAAGCCAUUGCCGUCGCAUUUGAAAUAUGCGUAYCUAGGGGAUAACRACACUUUACCAGUUAUUAUAGCUUCCAAUUUAUCACCUACUAAUGAAUAUUCUUUAUUGCAGAUUUUGGAGAAGCACAAAAAGGCCAUUGGAUGGACGAUAGCAGAUAUCCGAGGGAUAAGCYCGRCCUUUUGCAUGCACAAAAUUCUAUUGGAAGAAGAUGCUAAGAACUCUAUUGAGAGUCAAAGGCGGUUGAACCCGAAGAUGAAAGAGGUUAAAKGGGGUAUAACYGUGGYGGCCAACGAGRAGAAUGAGCUCAUCUCRACCCGAACUGUGAGYGGKUGGAGAGUUUGCAUUGACUAUCGCAAACUCAACAAGGUAACRAAGAAAGACCAUUUUCCUCUMCCGUUUAUUGACCAGAUGCUCGACCGUCUGGCAGGUAAGGAUUUCUAUUGUUUUUUAGAUGGAUAUUCGGGUUAUAAUCAAAUUACUAUUGCUCCAGAAGAUCAGGUGAAGACAACAUUUACGUGUCCGUAUGGUACGUUCGCUUUCAGGCGAAUGCCCUUUGGACUAUGCAAUGCACCCGCGACUUUUCAGAGGUGUAUGAUGGCCAUCUUCUCUGUUAUGGUAGAAAAUAUUCUAGAAGUUUUUAUGGAUGACUUUUCUGUUUUUGGAAAUUCUUUUGACGCAUGUUUAGUUAAUUUGGAGARAGUAUUGGAGAGAUGUGAACAAACAAACCUAGUCCUAAAUUGGGAGAAGUGUCAUUUCAUGGUACAAGAAGGUAUUGUUUUGGGUCACAAAAUUUCCAAGCAAGGAAUAGAGGUAGACCACGCUAAGAUAGACAUCAUUUCAAAGCUACCUCCUCCUACAAAUGUUAAAGGGAUUAGAAGUUUUUUAGGGCAUGGGGGAUUUUACCGCCGCUUUAUAAAAGACUUUGCUAAAAUUUCUAAACCCUUGUGUCAAUUGUUAGAACAUGAUAGACCAUUUGUUUUUKAUGAUGACUGUUUAAAAUCAUUUGAAAUGUUGAAAGUUGCUCUAAGUUCAGCCCCUAUAAUUAUCGAACCUAAUUGGGAUUUACCUUUUGAGCUCAUKUGUGAUGCCAGUGAUUAUGCAAUAGGAGCUAUGUUAGGACAACGUAAAAACAAGAUCUUGCAUCCUGUGUAUUAUGCUAGUAAGACUCUGACCGGUGCACAACUCAAUUACACUACUACUGAAAAGGAACUGUUAGCAGUUGUGUUUGCCUUUAAUAAGUUUAGGUCUUACUUAAUAGGCACAAAAGUCAUUGUUUUUACUGACCAUUCUGCUUUAAAAUAUUUAUUUGCUAAAAAAGAUGCUAAACCACGUUUGAUACGGUGGAUUUUGUUACUUCAAGAGUUUGAUAUUGAAGUUAGGGACAGRAAGGGUACUGAAAACCAAGUUGCUGAUCACCUGUCUAGAUUGGAAUCCCCGCUCUGUGAUGAUGGAACUGUUAUACGUGAACAGUUUAUUGACGAGCAACUCUUGCGAGUUGAUUCAGUUCCGUGGUAUGCCGAUAUAGCAAAUUAUUUGGUAAGUCGAAUAGUUCCUUAUGAGUUCAACAAGCAACAGGUAAAGAAAUUUCUAAAUGAAGUUCGAUUUUAUUGUUGGGAUGAGCCUUUUUUAUAUAAGCUAGGACCUGACAAUAUCUUACGCAGGUGUGUCGCAGAAGAAGAGCACGAGGCGAUAUUAGACGYUUGUCAUAUGUCUCCAUAUGGAGGACAUUUUGCACGACACAAAAUCGCAGCCAAAGUUUUGCAAAGUGGGUUCUUUUGGCCCACUCUGUUCAAAGAUGCACAUAAGUUUGCCCAGCCACCACCAAAAAGAAGAAGAAAUUUCCAGCAUUUGCUUACAUCUAUGGCUUCUUCUUCUCAACAUACUUCACUUCCUACCUCUUCUACUCAAGCUCCAAAUGCCACAAGCAUUCCCUUUCCACCAUUGGAGAACUUCCAACACCACAUGGUUUCAGAUUCUAGGCUAGCUGCUGUUAGGGGAGGAAACCCGCUUCAAACAUUUGAAUGUCCUCCAUGCCAAGCUUCUACACAACAUCCUAUAAUGAGCCCACAUGGUUAUGUUAAUUUUCAGCAACUACCCACCCUUAAUAUACCUCAAAACAGUGAGUUUAGGGCUGAAAAUCCUCAACAACUUCUUCCAAUGAUCAAUCCGGGUAUGUACCAACCGUUUAUGUUUAACCCGGUUCCUUCCUAUCAUUUUCCCUUGUCYCAAAUGCAAAUUCCAGCUAGUGUUCAUCCUUAUGGAAUGCCAAACCCAUCUACUCUAUUUCCUAGCCUUCCACCUUAUUAUGGAAUGGGUCAUUGGGUACUUCCAACCAAUUAUGGGAUGAUUUCACCUAGAGUUCCCCCACCACCUCAACUUCAAUUCCUAGAAAGAGGACCUCAAGCACCCUAA